UACACCAUCACCCUGCGCCUUUGUUGUCAGACGGUAGCACGGAGCUAACGUUAGCAUAUGCGCUGUACUUUAAAGGAGGACGAGACACUGGUGGUUUGAAAUGAUUCAUUUCACGUUUUGACGUAACCGAAUCGUCCCGGAAGUGGGAUCAGUGGAAAACUGGGUCACAAAUAACUCCGUCGCUUUCAAAGAGGAAGUUUUAAUAUCAAAGGAGAGUACACAUGUCGUCUGCAGCAGGGACAGUGGAAAAUGCCUCCAUCAUUUCAGAGAGUGUGGCCCAUGACGGAAACCGCUUGUGGAUAGGCAACAUCGAUCCCAAAAUCACAGAGUAUCACCUGGUGAAAUUGUUGGAAAAGUUUGGUAAUGUGAAACAGUUUGACUUCCUGUUUCAUAAGUCUGGGCCUUUGGAGGGACAGCCACGAGGCUACUGCUUUGUCAACUUCAACACCAGAGAGGAGGCAGAAAGGGCGAUCCAGUGUUUAAAUGGGAAGCUAGCUUUGUCCAAGAAGCUGGUGGUGCGCUGGGCGCACGCACAGGUGAGGAGGUUUGAAGGUUUCCGUAACGACAAGACGAUGCCUCCGAGCCUGGAACCGUCGUGCAGUGGUGCGACAGAGGAAGGACCCGUAACUGCCAACCACCUCAGUACGAGUGCUAAGAUCCGCGCCAUCGAGGCCAAGCUCCAGAUGAUGGAGGAGAAUCCAGAUGAUGACUACUCGGGCCCGUCUGCCUACGUUUACAACAAACCGCCAGAGAGGAAACGCUGGGAGCCCUACUCUAAAUCACACCACAAUAACCAGAGCAGGCCCUUCCGCAGGUUUAGGAGAUGACCCAUCCUCCCCACUCAUGCUGGAGAAUCCACCCCCUCUCCUACACCACCUACACACCUCAGCCCCAACCUACACACAAACAGACUCUACGCUAGAUACUAUAAAGACUAUACACAUCCUUUCUGGAGAAAAAAAAAAGGUUUUGAAGUUGUUCAUAAUACUUUGAGAAACCCGGACUCUUUGGGAGUAAUCACAGCAAUCACGGACAAGUACCUAAAGGAGUUUUUUAGUUAUUUUGGGUUACAGCAUCAGUUGUUGUUAGGUCUUAACAUAUGCCCCAUACCUGACUGCUGUGCAGGUUGGAUCCCUUAUCAGUCUGCUUUCUCACUUUUGCAGAGAUUUAAUGCAGGUGAAUCAUACAGCUGUGAGUCCCACGAGGCACAGUUUAAAGAGAAAUGUUAUUAUUAAGGAGUCUGAAUGCUGAUUCUCGUAUUGUUUAUGUUGAGUUUUUUUGUUUUUGUUUCACAUUUUAUUUAAAAGGUGAAAUACAACUUUUGUGUCUUUAUUCAAGACUUCAGUGAAGAGGAAGAAAUACACAGAUUUGUAACAGGUUUGUAUUAAUGGAGUUCAAAUGAUAAACCACUCAGUGACACGUACUGUAUGUUGCAGUAUUUUUGUGACGUUCCUUACUCUUUCCUAAUAGUUUGCCUUUUUUCUUCCCUUGGAUCAAAUUUUUAUACAACUGCAGUCAAACUCUUUUUACUGACUUUUUUGUGGUGUGUAGUUUUUGGUAUUUCCCCUUACCACAGUCUCUUUAUUUUAAUUUUUCAAUUAAAGGCAAUUCAAUAUCACAUCUGCAGCGUGUUGUAUGCCAUUUUGUAGAUUCUCUACAUUGCUCUUAAACUACAGGAUUCAGUUUUAUGAUUUGUGAGUGAACUCGAUGCUACACGUCGUUAUUAUCAAUCCAUUCAAAUACUCUCAGUCCAUAUGGUGUGGCUGAUAUAAUGGUGUUGUUUUGUAAGAAAUUUGGUAAGCCAUCUGCCUCUCAUUAAUGAGGACUACUCACUGAAAGCAGAUCCACCAUUAUCCACCACCACCAUUACUAUCUCUGUCUGGGUUUAUAAAACAGUCCUGAAAUGUCACAGACUUUUUAAAACCAGGGAGAUGACCAUAGUUGUCGGUACUGACAAUCCUAAAGUCACAAUGUUUUCUGUAUUAUAAUAAUCCUGGUUAUUAUAGGAUCCAUUGUGUUUUGAGGCCCAGCUAUUUCUUUUCCCCGCAGACAGACAGACAGACAUUUUUGUGCAGUUUCUGUUCAUCAUUUUAAUAUUUUGUGGACCUUUUUUUUUUUUUGCACAAGGGUUUAAUGUGGAAACUAUUUUAAAAUGUAAAGAGUGUUAUUGAAUUAUGUGUUAUCAAUGGAGCACAAUAGUUUUGAUGUGAUCUGAGUUGUGUUUUCCUGCAGGUGUGACAUGCAGUGUGAGCUUAUAAAAAGCCCCUUUUUAGAAGCAAACAGACACAAUAUGUUGGUGAAAUUAUAGUCUGAAUUUGUUUUAAGUGAGGAAUGAAUUUGCCCAACCAAAGGUCCUUUUGCAGAGAUUUUCAGAGUUUUACCAAGAGAAUGAGUGACUCGCAUAUAAAGUUGCAGCAGGGAUGCAGAUCGGUAGAUUAAUUGUACAGGAUGAAAUGAAAGAGCGUCAUUUCGUGCGCACAGAAGAAAUCAAAUUCUACCUCUUGACAUCAUGCAGCCCUAUUCUUUUUUAAAUGUCUUUGUUGUGAAAUCGCUCAACCGACUGCAGAAUAUUUCAGAUUUCCAUUAGAUCAAAUUAAUGACUUCUUUGAAAUGUGUGUAUUUAUCUGUUUCCAAUAAAAGGGCCUAUUCGUUAAAA